GCUGCCGUUUGACUUGGGCACGCCGCACGACAACCCGCACUACGAGCCCUACGAAUUCGAUAACCACCUGGCCUGGAACGAAGCGAAGGUUCCGGGCAUCUUCCUGGUGGGUUUUCUCCGUGUUUUGGUGGUGACAACAGUUUUUCUCGGUGAGCACAGCUAUUUCUUCUGCGAGUUCUUCGGUGGUUUCGACGGCGCCUUCUACGACAACUUCAAGGACAACGACAACAGCGGUCUCUACUACCUGAACGAUUACCUCAAGGACAACAACAGCAGCGGUCUCUACUACCUGGACAACUACCUCGAGGACUUCGGCGACAGCGACUUCGGCUACAUCCAGAGCAACGAGAACCUCACCUUCUUCGACAACUUCGGAGACCUCAGAAGGUAUGUCGACGCUCGCACCAUUGCCUUGCGCCUCAUCACGAAGAAAGAUGACGUUGGCGACUCCUACUACGAGGAACAGCAACCAGAGGACCUCGAGGACAGCAGUUGGGAUGGAUACUGGACAGAUGACAGUUGGUCCUGGGUCGAGGACUAUGAGCCAUCCGAGUACUACGAGGAUCCCUGGAUGGAGUCGAGCUAUUAUGAGGAUGAGGCCUAUGACUGGUAUGAUUCCGAGGACCACCCGAGCUAUGUCGACGAGUCCUCAGCCGACCAAGGUGAUCCUCACGAAGCCCCCUUCUCUGAGGCCAGGGAGUCAUAUCCAGUCAAAGGCAAGGGCAAAGGUUACCAUGGCUAUGCCGAGUACGACUACUACGGCAAGACCCUUUCGAAGAGCUUUGGCGAGACCACUGCCAUCGACAUGCUGGACCUCUCUUUCCCGACCUCGAUCUACAGUGACCACACAACGUACCACACGGUCCUUGGGGAGAAAAGGAGAGGCUUGUUGGUGGACCCGGGUGCUGCUUCGGGCCUCAUAGGCUCAGAAACGUUGAGAGAUAUUCUGGAGUCCUGUGUGCCAUCGGAGAAGUCUGCCACGGUCAGUUGGAACCAUGACCGGUCUCACUCGGUGAGUGGGAUUAACGGCACACCAGAAGAGACACUCGGUGAAGUGUCUUUCCCGCUGACUCUGGCGGGUGCUUCGGGAUCUUUCUCAGCAGAUGUUCUUGGAGGAGAAGGAUCCUUGUGUCCGGCUUUGUUGUCGAAUCCCUCGCUUCGGAAGCAGAAAGCAAGUCUGCUGCUGGACUACUUUGCCAAUGGUGAUGGUGUCAUGGUUGUCAGUGAUGGUUCCGAUGGAUGGCACUACCUGAGACUUUUGCUCACCGAUUCGGGACACUAUUUGCUGCCCAUCGACAACCACAAGGCUGUUUCUUCAGAGACGAAGACCAAGGUGGCGGCACAGCUCUACACUUGGUCCAGUGAGAUUUCACAACAAUGGAAGGAUGUCCGGCAUUGCUUUCUUCAGCAUGGGCAGUGCCGUUCCAGUCGGGAACAUGAGCGGAGUGAACGACACCGCGAUGCCACCACGGCAACCCACGACAACGACAACCAGAGCACGAUAGCAAAGACUUCAUCCACUACGUCUGGCAACAGAUACAGCUCAGCGAGGGACACUUCCUCUACCACAACAGCAGACACCAACGACAACGACAACCAGGACACGAUAGCCAAGACUUCAUCCACUACGUCUGGUUUCAAUGGUCACCGCAGCAGUCGAAACUCAGGAACAACAACCGCUGACCUUGACCACGACUACAAAGACAAGACCUCAAGCACUACUUCCAAGGACGCUGGCUCGAGCAUGGUUUUGACUUCAGGUACUACGACUUCGGCAACAGCCAACAACCACGACAACCGAGCCACGAUAGCGAAGACUUCAUCCACUACGUCUGGUCGUUAUUUUAAUGAUGAUGCCAAGCACAUCUCUGGUCGUUUUUCAAAAGAUGCCAAGCACAUCUCUGGUCACUCUUUCCUGGACGGGCCGUCUGGCGAACGCCCUAUGGUUCAGGACUCCUGGAGGAUAGACGGUGAGUACCUUAUACGUGAUCAUCGUGUUCCUCGUCGUGCUCUCUUCGUCCCUGGCUGCACCGUUGACUGUCCAGUGCCUGCGGAUCGCAUUUCGGAGCAGCGAGUGACUACACUUAAGGCAGUGGCACGGCGAGCACCUCCUCGACUCCUGGAGGACGACUGGCGAUCUUCCUCCACAGCUUGCAAGGACAUGGAGUACUUGUGUGCUGGUGCAACUCGUUUCAGGCUGGUGCCAGACCGGGCUCUCGACUUGUCCUCCUCGGCGCCUACGGUGGCUACGGAUGAGGCGACGAAAGAGGGCAGUUUGGACCCCUCAGUUUUUCCAUGUUACGGAGGCGAUCGCUAUCCCUCUCAUUGGUCUGAUGAGAGAUGUGCCAAAGCAGAAAGGUACUACAAGUCCGUCCCGGAGGAGUACUACAGUCGAAGUGGACGCCGUCCAAUAACCCCUGACAACAUCGAGUCUUGGAUGUCGUCAGCUGCCAAUCGAGGCCUUCGCUUUCAAGCGUGGGAGUGGUUCAGCGGAAGUGGGCGUUUGUCGCUCUGCCUGCUUCUCGCAAACAUAGUCGUUGGUCCACCCAUCGACUACCGCUACGGAUGGGACGUGUCCUAUGCCCCUCACCAGGAGCUGCUUCAGAAGUGCCAGGCGGAGUUCCAGCCGGUCCACUUGUUCGCUUCUCCGAGUUGGAACCAGUGGACAGAACAUUCCGCUGUGAAGGACAAGCACCUACGUGAUGUCGAGCGACGGGGCGAUCUUCCUUCACUGCAGUACCGGAGUGAGGUGAUGAAUAUUCAACAUUUGCAGAACAGGGGAUUCACUGUGGAACAGCCCCUUGGAUCUGCAAUGUUCAAGGAGAGUCCUCUUUGUCGUUUGCGAGAAUUGGAUGGAGUUCGCACUGCUCGUCUCGACCAGUGCAUGUUCGGCGCCCAGGAUGAGUUGCUGUACCCUCUGAGGAAGGCAACCUGUUUGUUGACGAACAGGAAGUGGCAUCGGGUUCUGAAGAGAUGUGGUGGUCACCGGGGAAAGGCUCAUGGAACAGCCACCGGCCGUGUUCACGGCUGCAGUCGUUCCGACCUGGCCACCGUUUUCCCAAAGCGACUUUGUCAGGCUCUGGCACAGGAUUUCUGGGUUGGCUUUCGCAGCGACAGUGUCGACAAGCUACAAGCCUGGCCAUCGUUUUUGUUCGGCACCAACCAGAUUUUCUACUCUUGUGAGCGAUGCCAACUCGGACGUGCAGCACCGCCUGGUUGUGAACACACUUUGGUUCCUGGCGAAUGUCGCUACGGCCAGCCCUCGAUGCGGGCUUCGCGAGCACGGGCUGCAGCUUCUACGGAGCCAACCUCCUCGGUCCCAUCUCCGAGUUCAGCUCCCUCGGCACCUGCUGAUGCACCUUCUGCACAACCAGCUCUUCGACAGCAGGACUUAGAGGACAUCACUGGGCCGUUCAAGUUCCUGGCGCGGUCUGGUGACUACUCUCGAGUGCAGCUAGAGAUCCACACCUCGCUGACUUUGGACAUCGAGGCUCGUCUCUACCUCAAGGCUGCUCUGAUGCAACUCAUUGAGUCUUGCUUGGAUAUUUUCUCCGAGAACACGUCCCGCGACUUGAAACACUGGCUCUCUGACCCUAUUCUUCUUCGGGUGUUCCAAGAUGUGUUUUCGGAGAUAAUGAAUGUCCUGGGUGUGAUGGUGUGUCUACGACCUUGGAACAAGCAAGUGCCAGACCCGCAGCUUUCCUCUACAGUGGCUCCUAUGCGGUUGCUGAUCAAUGGCCACAUUCGCUCUUGGUACAUUGGUCCCUUGGAGGACAUGCGAGUUUUGUCGCAUCGUCAGCUUCACGAUCCAGUUGAUGAAGCGGACUGGCAUGUUUACCUCUUCGGUGUGUGCCAUGAGGACUAUGAUGCUGAUCGCCCGCUACCUCCGGGCACCGAUCCAGCUGUGUUGCCUCAGGCGGCUCGCCCUGCUGCGCCGCUGGUUCCGGUCGAAAAGAAAAAUGUGGGGAAGAUUCAAACACCAUUUCAACCUCCCCUUCAACCUCCUUCUGCCGAUUUGGACGAUGCCAUGGAAUAUCAGCCAUCUGAGGCUGAGGCAGAAGAGGAAUUUGAUCCUGUUCGACCGGAUGAGGAUCAAGACAAGAUUCUCAAGCCCUUGUUCGACUUCAAGAAGGUAUACAAGCGGCUGCAGACGGAUCUGCUGGAGCGAGCUGGUGUCUUCGUCGUGAUCUCUGAAAAUCAAGAGGCUAGCUUCCUGGAGUUGCAGAGGAUUGCUGAACAGCUUUCGCCGUACAAGGCCAUCACGAUCGGAUGGGUUCCUCUGUCCAAGAAUGGCGUUACCACCUGGACCCGGGCUUCAACUACCUCGUUAUCGUACCAUGAUACAUGGCCCAAGAUUGUCUCCCUGGCGAGAGCUCUGUCUCGCUACAACGUGGGCGGUGCCAUUGUGGGACAGUCACUUCGGGCGUUGCAUCCCCCUCGAGGUUCUGUUGGAGUUCUUCUAUUGUGGACGAGGGGAGACAAGAAGUACAGCUGCCACGAACACAACAACGACCGACCGAUCGUUCUCAAGAAGAUCACGGCUAACCCCAUCGAGUCCACGGUCUUCAUGUACAUUUACUACUUCGUGAAUGUGGACUACCGACCUCAGGAGGAGAUGAAAGUUGUACCGUCCGAAGGUGCCACGGAGCAGGCCACCGACCACAACAUGGACGCGACCCCUGCACCUACGGAUGGCAUGGGCAAUGAAGACGUGACGAUUGGGAGCCGAGCUCCUGGGUCAUCCACAGAGGCUCCUUCGCCCAUGGAAGAGGACAACCUGCCUGAGGAUCGCAAGCGCAAGGGACCCGAGUCUCGGACAGUGGUGAUAGGUCCAGAGUCCAAGAGGACCAAGCUUUGCUCAUUGGUGCACUUGAUGAAUUCCGAGAAGGUGCACCACAGAGCCCAGCAUGUGAUGAUCAACCUCUACUGGAUCAUGCACUGGACUCACGCUAUACCCAUGUCCUUCCCAAUGACAUGGUACGGCAUGGACAACAAUGUGCCCGUUGCGCUGUGGGACAUCUUCAUGUCAAGGAGCUCUUCGGGAAUGUGCGACAAUUCGUCCCCAAGCAGGCCGGGAUACCUGUUUACAUGGCCCGGCAAGAAGCAUGAG